GAUAUAUCACGUGAUUAUCAUGUGAUGCGGCUCGAAUGAAAGCAAUGGCGUCCGGUAACAUCAAAAUUACGCAGAUUUUCGUUGCAACAUUCUGCAUCGUAUACUGUAUGACAGGUUGCAAUGGAGUUCGCUACGAUCCGAACUGGGACUCUCUUGACAAACGCCCUAACCCGGCCUGGUAUGACGAAUCCAAAAUAGGAAUUUUCCUCCACUGGGGCGUGUUCUCCGUCCCCAGUUUGCUCAGCGAAUGGUUUUGGAUGCAAUGGCAAGGAGAGAAAGACCCAAGGGCAGUGAAGUAUAUGACUGAUAAUUACAAACCAGACUUCACCUAUCCCGAUUUCGCAAAAGACUUUGAUGCUGAUCUGUUUGAUCCGGAUGAAUGGGCAGACAUUUUCAACGCUUCAGGAGCUAAAUAUGUAGUGUUGACAAGCAAACACCAUGAGGGUUAUACAAACUGGCCAUCUAAAUACUCCUUCUCUUGGAAUUCUAUGGAUGUUGGACCACACAGAGACCUUGUUGGUGAUCUGGCCAACUCCAUUCGCAAGAAGACGAAUAUUCAUUUUGGGUUGUACCAUUCAUUGUUCGAAUGGUUUAACCCAAUCUACCUGCAAGAUAAAGCCAACAAGUUCCAGACCAACGACUUUGUAACUGGGAAGACGAUGCCUGAGCUGUAUGAGCUGGUGAACGCCUACAAGCCUGACGUGAUAUGGUCUGACGGAGACUGGGAGGCACCAGACACAUACUGGAACUCUAGCAACUUUGUGGCUUGGCUCUACAAUGACAGUCCGGUAAAGGACACAGUGGUGACCAAUGACAGAUGGGGUCAAGGGGUUUUAUGUAAACACGGGGGAUUCCUGACCUGUACAGACAAAUAUAAUCCUGGUGUCUUACAAAAGAGGAAAUGGGAGAACGCCAUGACAAUUGACAAGCAAUCGUGGGGUUACCGUAGAGACGCCACUCUGAGUGACAUGCUUACCAUGGAAGACCUCCUGGCUACACUGGCCUCCACCAUCAGCUGUGGGGGAAACAUGCUGAUCAACGUUGGUCCGACCAAAUCUGGUCGCAUCAUUCCAAUCUUUGAGGAAAGGCUGAGAAGUCUCGGGGACUGGCUCAAUGUGAACGGUGAGGCAAUCUAUGGUACCAUACCAUGGACGCACCAGAAUGACACCGUCACCCCUAAUGUCUGGUACACCUCCAAGAAAAACGCCGUAGGUGAUUUAGAUGUCUAUGCCAUUCUACUCAGCUGGCCCGACCCUGGAACCUUCAUGCUAGGUGCUCCAACAGACACCAGAAGCACGCUGAUCACGUUGCUAGGAUACCCCGGAUAUCUGAGCUACACAGGCGGGGCUGGAAUUGGAAUCGAAAUUCCUGCCAUUCCAAUCAACAAGAUGCCAUGCAAGUAUGCCUGGGUCCUGAAAUUGGAACAUGUGUUGUAAUGCUUGGUUGCAUAACAUUCACUGACUUGACUUCUGAUUAUAUUGAUUUAUAUAUUGAUAUUUUUUCUGAUGGAAUGCUCUUUUUAUUUUAUGCCAUUUAUGAGUCUUUAAAGUAUGACAGUAUAAAAUUCACGCCUGUGAAAUCAUAUAAAUGAUAUGAAGUUUAAUAAGUGCAGCAAUACACACAUAUUAAUAAUAAUAUAGAUAGCAAAACAACACUGUAUACAUUGAAAAUAUGUUUGAAAAAUAAUAAUAAAAGCAAUAUUUAAGUAAACUUUGUUUGGAUGUUUAAAUUUUAUUUACUUUGAACUGUGUUAAUAAUGUUGGUCAAACAUGAAGUGUUUUUUUUACGUGAUAAUGUUUUCUUGUUGGAAAAAUUAUGUUUGAUGGCAAUUUCAUAUGAUACGUCUUAAUUUUGGCAUAGUAGAAUUGGUGCAAGCUUUUUAUAACUAUAUAUUGUAUGCCUGUGUUGAUGGAAGUAUUCCCUUAGAAUUCCAAUUCUUUGUCUUGUUAUAAAUUAAGUACUAUUUGCAUUUUAAAAUGCGUAAAGUGAGAUUAUGUAUGGACAUACCAUACUUAAUACAUUCCAUUGAUAAAUUCUUGAUAUUAAUGAAAGAUGUCACAACUGUGCUAGAACCUUAUAAUUGUUCAACUAGCCAAGGUGUUUUGACGGAAAGUUUAUACUUCAUUUGGAUGAGAAAUUUUCUUCUCAACAAGUUAGGUGCAUUAAGCAAAACCCUUGUAUGUCUUACCAUUGUUAUUUCUGGAAUUGUGUUUCUCUUUUAAUUAUUAAUUAACUUGUAAUUAACAGCAAAACGUGUAUGAUGUUUUCAAGGAAACAAAUUUGGCUGCUUUGGAAGAAUUUUCAUCAUAAAUAACAGAUGUAAAGUUAGAAUUCUUAUAUUUGUACCAAUGGACUAAAAUACUGCAAAUGCUAUCACCUGGUUAUUGAAAUCCAUACAUAUCACAUGUUGUUGUUUUAUAAAACUAUGUUUUGAAAUAUUAAGUCUUGUUAAGUUGUUAUAUGCUUUUGGAAUGUAUUUACUUUGAUACAAUUACAGAAGGCUUACAUGGGUUUGACUCAGUAACCCAUAGUGAUGCUCACGACUUAUGAACUUAAUGAAUCGGGUUUCAAACAAUCAAUUCAACUGAUUUUUCGUAAUUGUUAUAACUAUGUUGUGAGAUUGAAAUGAAACAGCUUCCUGGUUUGUAAAAAAAAUAUUUCUUUUUCUGAUCUUUUGAGACCAACCAUUCCAUGUUUAUCAUGAUACAAUGCCUUUAUUCUCAUUCACCAUUCAAAUGUGACUACUUAUUCUUACUUUACUAACUUUAUGGUAUAAUUGUUAAAGUUUAUUAAAACUAUUUGUGAAAUUGAA